AUGCGCUCUUUAAUAGCUCCCCUGCUCUUAAUAUCUGCCAAAUGGACCAACGCCCUCACGUUCGAAAUACCCUCGUCUCCUCCUGCCGGGGGGAACAAGAUCGAUCCGACCCCAGUGGGCGUUUCGAUUGAAUUUUUCGCGUUCCCGGACUACAUCGAAAAGCUUCCACUGACAAACGCAUGUCUCGCCACUCUCGAAGACGUGCUGGGAGCAAAACCGCCAAUCCGAAUUGGCGGGACGACACAGGAUCGUGCUUUAUACGACGCUUCUCUGCAGUCCGCUGUGGACUACACGGUUGAUUCGCCCGACGACGCACCAGACUCUCUUACCUUCGGGGACCGGUUUAUGGAGUUGGCGGGCUCGUACGAGGGCGAGGUUACGAUUGGACUCAACCGACGACUGGACGACGUCGAGAACACUAUCGCUGCAGCCAAGGUUGUCCAGUCGAAGGUGGGCAAUUUAUAUGCGAUCGAGCUGGGCAACGAACCAAACUUCUUCAAAUCAAGCGACCCCAUCGCCCACGGAGAAGCUUGGACGGCUGCAGCGGACGCCGCAUCGCAGGUCUCCUGGCAGACAUCCGUCAGCGAGGGUCUGGACAACAAGCAAUCCUUCGUUCAGGCUGGCGUAUUCUUCGACACGGAGUCAUUCACCGCGGAGAACCUGGCAGCCAAAGAAGAGGAAACUGGCUCCACGGGCUAUGUGCGCUCUUUCUGCCAUCAUUUUUACCCGCAGUCCUCGUCCAACGCCAAUCUGAGCCGAUUGAUCGACCACGCGGAUAUUGUCGACGGGGUCGCUACCUUUGAGUCGCAGGUUGCAGCGGCGCAGCAGCUGAAUCUAGACUUCAUCAUGGGAGAAACCAACUCCGCCACGCAAGGAGGCGGCGGGAUCAGCCCGACAUAUGGCGCCGGGCUCUGGAUUCUAGACUAUAUCAUGCAGUCGACGAUGAAAGGGAUCCAGCAACUCUUCUUCCACCAAGGCACGAUCGGAAACUGCCAAUACUGCUGGUGGCAGGAUUCCGUCAACGCCCCGUUCUACGGCGCCUACACGGCGGCGUUGGCGCUGUCCGGCGCAUCGCAGAUCACGCAGCUCGACGCCGGAGAUAGUCGCUAUGCCGGGUACGCGAUCUACGAUGGCGACGGCCACCCCACCCGCGUCCUGUUGUACAACUCGGACUACUACGCGUCUGGAACCCGGAGCAGCAUCAACAUCACCCUCACAGGAAUCCCAUCCAGCUCGACCGUGUCUGCCAAGCGACUGACAGCCGACGCAGCGACGGUCGUCGGACAGGAAGGCAUCAGCAUUGGGGGCCAGGCCUUUGGCGACGGAAGCUGCGAGCUAGAAGGCGAGGAGGAUCGCGAGACGAUCGCGGUGGAGAACGGUCGGGCUGAAGUUGGGAUACGAGCGUCCGAGGCGCUGCUGAUUUAUUUGUGAGCCAUUGACGGGGUGGCUGAGACAGCGAUCAGAUAAAGAUCGGAACGGGCACGGGGUUUCGGAUGGCGACGAACGUGAGGCCGCCGUCCGUCGGAAAUCUUUCGGUGGGCGGCCGCCGUCGGCCCCACAGGAAGUUGUAGGGCGCUCGCUGGGGCGUUUGAACGGAGUGGUCUUCCUCCGAUUGCACUUCCAUUGAAGUCACCGAGUAUUCUGUGGGCCAGAUUGAGUUGAGUUGGCUGUUUUCAAUUCUGACAAAUGCGUCAGUAUUCAGGUUCACCAAGUAAAAGAAUUGACUACUACUGAAAAGACAACAAAGUACAGUACCUGACGAAGUCGGCACGAAAUGCCGACAUUAGGUACCAUUAGGUAAGCCGCGUCGUGCAAAGGCCGAAGACCGAAGCGGAGAUAAACCG